CUAUUUUGCAAAUAAAUCCUUGCCGACAAAAUAUGUUAGGAAAACAAAACAGAAAUAGUAGUGCAAUGAUUGAAAAACAAAUAGAAAAAUUAGAAGAUAUGGACUCGAUGAUUGCCCUCUUUCCAAGUGUUUCUUUCUUGCCCUAGCUAGUUUCCUUCUCUUUUCAUUUAGUCUCAAUCUCCAAAAUUGAUGGUGCUGGAAAAGCUUAAAUUGUAAAUAAAAUAAUGUUUAUCCAUAGCUUUCUGGAAGGAAAAAUAGCAUUGUUUUUGGGAGAAAAGGGCACUUUUAAUUAGAGGGGGACAAUAAUAGAUAAUUAAUUAUAGCUAAAUAAAUUAACGAGAGUAGGUAUCUAAAAAAGAGUAAUUUUAAUUGCCUUGAUAUGGCAACAUCAGCUCCAAAAACUUUCACAUGAGAAGCCUCCAUGAUUGGCCACCAUGAUUGGGAACGGAUCAGGUCAGUAACCAUGAGUAACCAGCCAACAUGAGCAUGACAUCAGCAUCCCUCUCUCCUGGAAAGCCUUUAAUUUUCCCCUUCUUAAUCUUUGACGGACGAUUUCUCACUCGUUUUAAGUCAAAAUUUAAUUUUUUUGCACAGUUAGAUCAGAUUAAUUGUGCUAUUCAAAAUGAUAUCCACUUGAUAUAUUUUUCGAACAAAAAAAAUUGAGUCAUUUUUUACCAGUCUAUACCAUAUGGUAUUGACUAGUAUUGAAAUAAGAACAUAUCUAUGGUUUGAAAAGCGUACCAUGGUGGUAUGAACAAACCAAGACUGUAGGAUGGUUGAAUACAUGAUAAUAGAAGUAUAUUAACUGUCAUUUACGACUUUUAUCAUUGUGUACCAUAAUAUACCACCCCGUACCAGGGUGGUAUUGUAUGGUAUUGUGUGGUAUUUUUUUGUCAUGUAAUUUGUUCACCCAGAAAUUUGUAGAUCCAAUAGAUCAUGAUGAGCUCGUCCCUUCUGUGCAAACGUUUUUAAAAACGAAUUAAAAACGAAGAAAAUACCAUAAUAUACCACCCCGUACCAGGGUGGUAUUGUAUGGUAUUGUGUGGUAUUUUUUGGUCAUGUAAUUUGUUCACCCAGAAAUUUGUAGAUCCAAUAGAUCAUGAUGAACUCGUCCCUUCUGUGCAAACGUUUUCAAAAACGAAUUGAAAACGAAGAAAAUACCAUAUGGUAUGCAGUUGGUACCGAGAGGCCGGAAUUUUUUUUGUAAAAAAAAUAUUGAAAAUUGAUCUCAUUUUGUAGAGCAAGAUGAACUCGUUCCAUUUGUGCAAAAAAAAAAAAAUUUCAAGUUAAAACGAAAAAGAUAUGAGCCGACUAAAAAAGCUAGGAAAAAUAAAAAUGGUCUUUAAUUCUCCAUCCUUAGAUCUGGAUUUUCUAAAUGACAGGUCCAUAUUUGGUUAUGGAUGGUUAUGCACCCUAUCUUGAGCCCUCUUCCAUUAAUAGGUAAGAUGAUCAUCUUGUUGCCUUUUAGCACCCACUUUGUUUCUUUUAAGAAGCGAAUUCCAUUGCUUUCAUCUGAGAAUUAGAAUGUUUAAAUGAUUCACAGGCAGCCCUCUCUCUGUAAUGGCAACAGAAUACAAGUAGAUGUAGAUCGAUUUGGGCAGUUUUUUUUAUCCGCCGGGAAAUGCUCUUCAGGCAUGUACGCCCAAUCUGCUACAGUCACCGGAGGAACAGCUGCCGGAGCCGCCGGCGGGGUAUGGGCCAUGGAUGCAAGUGGUGAGGAAAUCACGCAAUCAGAAUAGGAAAGGCUCUGCCAAUCAAGGCAACCAAACGGCCAGAAACAGCGACACGGGGAAAACGUCAACCAAACUGGGAAAGAAUCCCAAAACCGAGCAAGGCAACGCAUCGUCUUCGAAGGACAGGAAAGGUAAGGAAGAGCAAAGAGGGGAACCGAAAAAGGGGAAGGUCACAGUGCAGGUGGGGAAAGCUAACGGCAGUGAGGCCACCCUAACUAAGGAAAGUCCAGCCACAAGCCCAACACAAGUUUGGCGGAUGGUGGGCCUCAAGUCAAAGGAGGCCUCUGUUACUCCAGGCCCGCAACCCACAGGGAGACCAGGGGCCGACUUGACCAUGCCUGAUCAGACCGAGUUGGAGCCCACUGACCUGAACCCAGCCCACAAGUCUUCAUCAACCGAUCUGUUUCUCCCUGUCAAAAAUGGCCCUUCAGAGCCAGGAAGUGCUGCGAACCACCAAGUAAGCAAAUCCAUUCGUGAUCACCAUAGAGGAAACUCAAUGAGUAAUUCCCACCCUAAAAAGAGGAAGGAGACCAAGCUCCGGGUAGCGAAGAAGGGUCACGGAACGCGACCGGGAAUGGGGAAUGGCAAACGCGCUCAAAAGAAGCAGAGCAGUACCACCCAUCGUAAAGCCGCCGAGGAUCUCCUGGAUCAGCUUUUGUCUCGACCGCCUGCUGAGACGUCGGCUACGAACAAUAGGGAAAACAAUGAUCCCAUGGCUGAAGCAGCUGAUCUUCAUCCCACUGGAGCUGAUGGAGACCAGGAACCUAUUGCGGCUGAUUUGGUGGGUUUUGGAACUCCACCGGCAGAGCUGGCUACUUAAGCAUAGUCCCUGCUGCCUCUGCAAGUCAGGGAAGUCUGCGUGUCCUUUACCUCUCUGUUUUUACUUAUGUUUAGUAUAUUUAGUUGGAAUUGCCGGGGGGCAAAACACCCCAAGUUUCUUGCUACCUUUAAAGAGUAUGUUUUCUCUCAUAGACCUAAUAUUGUCUUCAUUGUGGAGCCACGGAUUAGUGGUAAGGAUGCGGAAGAUGUUAUCAAGUCUAUGGGUUUUGAUAAACAUAUUGUUGUGGAUGCUAUUGGUUUUUCUGGUGGUAUUUGGGUGCUUUGGAUGGAUAAUUACCUUGCGAUCACUGAAUUGGAUCGAGACUCACAAUUCCUCCAUCUUUUGUGCACAGACCAGAACAAAAAUUCAGUUCUCUUGACUGCGAUCUACGCCAAGCCUAACGACCAUGACCGGCAACCCCUAUGGGCGAACAUUCGAAGACUUGAGCAAACCAUUGAUAGGCCUUGGCUUCUUGCUGGAGAUUUCAAUUCCAUCACCUGCCCGUCUGAACGCAAAGGUGGCGCUGCGUACAAUCCGAGCAAAACAGCUAGCUUCAAUGCGUGUAUUCGUGAUUGUGGGCUUCUAGAUGUUGGAUUCACUGGACCUAAGUUCACGUGGAGUAAUGGGAGGCUCUCCCAACGCCUUGACAGAGCCUUAUGCAACCAGGAGUGGAUCAGGCAAUUCCCUGAUACCGUGUCAACAAAUCUGCCAAGGCUCCGCUCGGACCACAGACCAAUCCUUAUCUGCAGUAACAAUGACCAUGGUGGUAUGAACAAACCAAGACUGUAGGAUGGUUGAAUACAUGAUAAUAGAAGUAUAUUAACUGUCAUUUACGACUUUUAUCAUUGUGUACCAUAAUAUACCACCCCGUACCAGGGUGGUAUUGUAUGGUAUUGUGUGGUAUUUUUUUGUCAUGUAAUUUGUUCACCCAGAAAUUUGUAGAUCCAAUAGAUCAUGAUGAGCUCGUCCCUUCUGUGCAAACGUUUUUAAAAACGAAUUAAAAACGAAGAAAAUACCAUAAUAUACCACCCCGUACCAGGGUGGUAUUGUAUGGUAUUGUGUGGUAUUUUUUGGUCAUGUAAUUUGUUCACCCAGAAAUUUGUAGAUCCAAUAGAUCAUGAUGAACUCGUCCCUUCUGUGCAAACGUUUUCAAAAACGAAUUGAAAACGAAGAAAAUACCAUAUGGUAUGCAGUUGGUACCGAGAGGCCGGAAUUUUUUUUGUAAAAAAAAUAUUGAAAAUUGAUCUCAUUUUGUAGAGCAAGAUGAACUCGUUCCAUUUGUGCAAAAAAAAAAUUUCAAGUUAAAACGAAAAAGAUAUGAGCCGACUAAAAAAGCUAGGAAAAAUAAAAAUGGUCUUUAAUUCUCCAUCCUUAGAUCUGGAUUUUCUAAAUGACAGGUCCAUAUUUGGUUAUGGAUGGUUAUGCACCCUAUCUUGAGCCCUCUUCCAUUAAUAGGUAAGAUGAUCAUCUUGUUGCCUUUUAGCACCCACUUUGUUUCUUUUAAGAAGCGAAUUCCAUUGCUUUCAUCUGAGAAUUAGAAUGUUUAAAUGAUUCACAGGCAGCCCUCUCUCUGUAAUGGCAACAGAAUACAAGUAGAUGUAGAUCGAUUUGGGCAGUUUUUUUUAUCCUUCCCAAGUUAGUGAUCAACUUGUCUAGCUCCUAGGGAAACCAUUUGGUAUUAAUAACUCAAAUUGUUAGAAGAAGGUUAUUUACGGAUCUUAUACGUACCAGUCUCUUACACGUUUAAACGAAAAAUUAACUCACGACCUUGAAGUUUGCACAGACUUAUCAUACUUUGUGCUAAACAUCAACUAUUGAUAUUGGGGUGAUCAUAAAGAUUUCAACACAUAACCAUUUGACCAAAUCAGCUCUGCUACCAUGCCACAAACCGUUUGGUUCCGUUACUUAAAUUGUUGGGAGAAUGUUGAUUAUCAGUUUUACACUCUUAAUUACAUUCAAUCAUGUCUAGCUCAUCUAUAUAUCAUGCAUAUAUAUAUAUAUAUAUAAGCUUUUACAUCCUAAGCUCUAGAUCUGUUAGCUCUUCCAAUUCCUGCACAAGAGCAUGAGUGUCAAUCAGGGGCGAGCCUAAAUUAGGGAGGUGAGACACGUCUCCGCACGAAAAUUCAAUGAAAAAUUCACUUCGUCAUUACCAAACUUACGUGACACAUUACACAUAUUCUGCAACUAUAUAUCAUACUUAUACACAUGAUCAUCGGAACAAACAAUUCGAAUUAUAGCUACUAUUUAUCUUUACUAUAUACCGAUGCAGAAAGUAUACUAAUGAUCUACCUAUUUCUUUCACCAUCUCACCAUCAUCGAGAUGCAUUAGAUCUUACACGAUACUUCAGAAAGCAGAAUUUUCACAAUGCAUUAGGAUGUUGCUUUCUCGCCCUCUAGAAAAAAAAUAGUGUGGUAAAGUGACUAGACGUGUACAACAUCAUGGAAAGGUGCAUCAUAAUGCGGGCUAAUGUCGUGAUCAAGCCAUAAAUGGUGAUAAUAAUGGAUUGAAAACUGUGGUGACAGACUUAGGGCUGUCCAUUUGGUUUUGGUUUAUUGGUUUUAACCGAAACCAAACCAAUUGGAAAGCUAAUGGUUUCAGUUUUUUGGUUUUAAACCAAUAGGCAACUUAAUGGUUUUGGUUUGGUUAAGACCGAAAAACCAAUAGAAACCAUUAAGAAACCAAUAAGAAUAAAAUUAUUUAUCAACAAAUAUAUUUUUUUUUGUUUCUUUUGACACGCAUGCCAACCAAUAAUUUGAUAUGGCCAUUUACCAUUAUUAUGACGUUUAUUCAAUAAAAAGGAGGGAAAUAGGAAUAAAUAUGAGUGUAUGAG